UUGUCUCUAAUAAUUAUAUUCUACCUUUAUUAUCUUCAGCUUCAUUCUCAGGUUAAUUGUUUCGGAGCUCAUAGAGACGGUGCUCUCAAUAGCCUUGGCUGCCCAGAAGCCAGGCCUUUAGAUACCUUUAUUGAUUCCAUAACCGGAAUUCCUUUUGGUGGUCUUGCCAAGCCUGGCCUUUUGCUCUCAGAACUUCUUGCCGAUACAGACUCAACCAAUCUUCCGAUAUCGCCUGGGAUUCGAAAUUUUGGAUCUCUUGGCUCAAACUCUGACCUCGUAUCCGACUCCAAGUGUACUGCUAGCACUGCGGCCGCCGGUUCUACCAACGACGGUCUCUGUGAUGGCAUUCGUCAUAAGGCAAAGGUUGCCGACGCCCCUCCAUUCCAAGCUGGACCCCAUCUGGUCUGCAUCAAUCCUUUUCACUAUUCCUACGGCUGUUAUUCACAUUUAGGUAGGAUUUCUAAUUUUAUUUGCAUAUUAAAUAAUUUUUUACUAUUUAAAUAG